AUGAAUUAUUCGUCCUGCUCUAUAAUAGGUUCCGCCUUACGCUGCUGGGUAUGCUCGUCCAAUGUAAAUGCCCUGUGUAACGACCCGCUGAACACUUCGGAUCAUCAGGCUGCAUUCCAUAUAAAGCCUUGUGACCCAGGUCCUUAUGGUUCUUCAAAACCCAUCUGUCGUAAAAUCGUCAGAAAAGAAUACGGCGAGCGAGUUGUCAUACGCCAAUGCUCCACUCCGUAUCAUGACGAAAUUGACGUCGUCGACGGCCAGUGCGGUAAUUCCAUAACACAGCCAGGACGUGAUGUAAUCGAGUCCUGCCAUAUCUGCAGCAGCGAUUUGUGCAAUUCCGCGACGGCCACCUCCGCGAUGAAGCUGCUUUACAUCGCCGUGAUGAUAUUCCUUGCCUGCACUUUCUACCAGUCAAAAUACGUUCUUUAACUUUAUGAUAAUAAUCGAUAGUUAAUAAAAAAAAGAGAAAAAGAAAAAAGGGAUUCCAACAAUAGCUACGAUAAAUACUUAUAAUGUUGUAAAUCUACGACUAACAAACUUUCUGCGAACGCGUUGUUUCCCGACUCAACAGUGAUCUGUAAGACGUAUAAAAAAUGCGGCCGAAGAAACUUGCGUAAUUUUCUCCCGAUUCAAGAGCAAAUAUGAUCGAUAAUCCGAUAAUGUGAAACAAAAAUUACGACUGCAAUGAGAAAGCGCGCGAACUUUAUAAUUAAUAUUGAUUUGAAUUGCUGUAAGUACAAAAUAAAAGACAUAACAUAAUUAUGUGUA